AUGGCAAGAUUGCUUAGAAGAACAAAUUUAUACCUCAUUGGAAUACUAGUAAUCAUGGUUAUACUAAGACAAAGCAUCCGAUUAUUUUCAACAAAACAAUCAAUUAUUAAUAGGAAUCCCGUUGUUAUCAUCGGUUCAGGAUUAGCAGGUUUAUCUGCAGCAAACCAACUAAUAAAUGAAUUCGAUACACCUGUCGUAAUUUUGGAUAAGGCUGCUAAUAUAGGUGGUAACUCCAUUAAGGCCUCGAGUGGUAUAAAUGGUGCGAAUACAAUAACUCAAUCAAAAUUAGAUGUGAUUGAUACCCCUACAUUAUUUUUAGAGGAUACAGUUAAAUCCGCAAGAGGUAAAGGUAUCCGUUCUUUGAUGGAUGUUCUAACUAAAGAAUCUAAGGGAGCUGUUAGUUGGUUACAGACUGAGUUCGGCAUUAAGUUGGAUGCGUUAGCUCAAUUAGGUGGCCAUUCUGUGCCAAGGACACAUAGGUCUACAGGUAACUUACCUCCAGGUUAUGAGAUUGUUUCCACUCUAUCAAAACGUUUGCAGAAUAAAGCUCAAAAUGAUGUCGAUCGUUUAAAGAUAAUGCUAAAUACGAAGGUGCAAGAUAUUAAACUAGAUUCAAGGGGUGCUGUUCAAGGUGUUAAGUAUAUCGAUGAAAACGGCAUCCUCCAAUCAAUCAUGACGGAUAGUAUAAUAUUUGCAACAGGUGGAUUCGGUUAUUCUAAAGAAAUGUUAAAAAGGUAUGCGCCACAUUUAAUAGAUCUACCGACUACAAAUGGUAAACAGACUACAGGUGAUGGCCAGAUUAUACUAGAAAAACUUGGUGCAAAUAUGUUAGAUAUGGAACAAAUUCAAGUCCAUCCAACCGGUUUCAUUGAUCCAGCUGAUCGUCAAAAUAAUUGGAAAUUUUUAGCCGCAGAAGCUUUGAGAGGUCUUGGUGGUAUUUUGCUAAAUCCCUCAACAGGUAGAAGAUUUACCAAUGAGUUGAACACAAGAGAUAAAGUCACAAAAGCAAUUCAAGAAAUAUGCCCCGAAAAGGAUAACAAAGCCUAUUUGGUGAUGAGUGAAGACUUGUAUCAAAAUUACCAAAGUAACAUGAAAUUUUAUAUGUCAAAAGGUCUAAUAUCAAAAAUGUCUAUUAAAACUUUUAUCAGUAAUUACAAGCUCCCAAUCACUACAACCGAUGUGGUGAAUGAUUUAAUCAACUACUCUUCUAAAGAUGCAGAAUCUGACGAAUUUAACCGUUCAUUGAUCAUCAAUACAUUUGGCAGUAACAUAACUCCAGAUACAGAAAUAUACGUAGGUGAAAUAACCCCUGUUGUACAUUUUACUAUGGGUGGCGCUACAAUCAAUGAGAAAGCUCAAGUUAUGAAUAAUGAAAAUGGUGUCCUAGCAACGGGGUUGUAUGCUGCUGGAGAAGUCUCUGGUGGUGUCCAUGGUUCAAAUAGACUGGGUGGUUCCAGCUUGUUAGAAUGCGUUGUAUUUGGAAGAAUUGCCGCUAACGAGAUCGGUUCUAGAAGAACAUAG